AUGAAACCAUCUAACCUGCAAGAUCAUCUGAGAAGAUGCCACCCUGAUAAAACAGAGAAAGAUUUGAAAUACUUUCAAACACUCAAAGAUAAAUUUCAGAAGAGACCUACACUGGACAGAAUGUUCGCUUCGACGUCACAAAGAAAUGAUGAUGGUUUGCGGGCGUCUUACAAUAUCUCGUUACUUAUAGCAAAAUCCGGAAAACCGCAUACUAUCGGAGAGAAGUUAAUUUUGCCAGCCGUUGAAGAGGUUUUAAAAACUGUUUUACACAAACCUGCAUCUGAUAUCAUUAAAAUAAUUCCCUUAAGCAACAAUACUGUUGAAAGACGUAUUGAUGAAAUGAGUUCUGAUAUUAAAAGCUUCUCAUGUAAUUAUUUGCAAACGACCCUUUUCUCUAGACAACUGGACGAGUCAACUUUACCUGAUAAUGCAGCAUUAUUAUUGGCAUAUGUUCGUUUUAUUAUGAAUCAAGAAAUCUACGAAGAACUGCUCUUCGCAAGAACUUUGAUAACCGACACUAAAGGUGAAUCAAUAUUUCAUGUUUUGAAGGAUUACUUCAUUGAAAAAGCAAAUCCUUUAUCAAAUAUAAUAUCAGUAGCUACAGAUGGAGCACCUGCCAUGGACGAUAACUUCGACAUCAAUAGAUAA